AUGCGGCGAAAACUGAUUGCCCAAACGUAUGACGGUGCGAGUGUGUCAGGAGAACUGUCCGGUUUGCAAACACGAGUAAGAGAAGACUAUCCACAUGCUCUUUUUAUCCACUGUUGCGGACACGCAUUAAAUUUGGUCCUUGUUCAAGCUGUCUCGUCAACUAAAGAGUGUCGUAUAUUUUUUAAAACCGUCACUGGUCUUUCAUCCUUUUUUCACGCCUCGUCCAAGAGAACAUACCUGUUGGACACAGUUGUCGGCAGACGCAUUCCCACUGGAACAGCUGUUCGAUGGCACUAUCAGAGCAGGUUAAUCCAUGCUGUACUGGAGACAAGAGCAAAGCUGCUCGAAGUUUUCGAAUACAUCAUCGAAAAUGAUGACGAGUUUGACGGUACGACGUUAAACGAAGCGAGGGGCUACCGACAAGUUCUUGCAGAUUUCCAGUUUGUGUUCUGCCUUAAAAUAUUUUCAGAAAUAUUUGGUCUUACGGAUGUUUUGUAUAAUAUCAUUCAGAGUAAGCAGUUCGAUAUUGUCUUCUGUGUCACGAAAGUUCGCGAGACGAAAGAUAAGAUUCAAGAACAACGAACAAAAUUCGUAGAUUAUCAAGUAUCGUCAAAGUAG